UCUCUAAACUUACUCAAAGAUACUCUUAAAAGCGACUGUGACUUAUUUUUGAGCGGCGGUAUCCCGACGUAAAGUGUGAAGUAAAAGUAGGGUUAUUUUUACAAACAUUACAGUUUUCGUCAUAUGUAUCGCAGCUUGCGUCUGUGUUCGACUGUCAGUUCCACGUCUGCCCCAAAUCUUAAACAGGCUUGAAUUAGACCUUAAAUCUCUAACGUUAAUCCGAAAGUCCCAAGAGAAACAUGAUGAUGCGUGUAUGUUUUUAAUUUGGUUAAACCGUCUGCAAUUGAGAAAGUCAACUGACAUUUGAUUAAAGACAUUUCUGUGCUUUUAAAUGAACUGACAGUUCAAGAAGCCGCAUGUGUUUUUGGCUUUGACUAAACUGCGACAUCCCGAAACAGUUUUCUUGUGGCUGUGAGCAUUUCAUUCGGAUUCAUCGCAUCGCUCCACAAUCAAUACAGCCGAUACUUUUUUUGCCGUUUUGAUGUGUCCUUAGAGGAAACUGGAGGCUGAGGGACGCCGCUUUAUUAUGUCGCUUUUUUACAGCAAGGCUGAAGGGAAAUUUAAAAGACCUAAAAAUAAAGUCUCGGUUUCUACUCCACAAAGAAUCAUUUGAACUUCCUACCGCAGAAGCAAACGGACAAAAAUAGUCCUGACAUGUGGAUGUAAUUUCAGAAAAAGGCAGACAGAUGCAGAGAAAUAAAACUCGAGCGGGGGAAAGAGAGUGGGGACAGUUUAAUUCGAGGUUGCAGACCGGUGACAACGAAAGCCGUGAGAAUAUAUUCAUAAUAUUACACUCUGCUGCGAACGAUGUAAUGGGGAGGCGGACGGAGGAGAAAUGACUGACUCUUUGACGGCGCUUAAGUAGACGCGAACCUAAGAAAAAUAAGCCGCCAUCAAUUUGCAUGAACUAAGUUUCUGUGACGGGAUGGGAGCCACGCUGGUCGUGCACACUUUGGGCUUUCUCAUUUGUGGCACCUUGCUGAGUUUCGUCUAUGGUCUGGUUGAUGCUGAUGAUGUCCUUACAAAAGAGGAGCAAAUCAAUCUUCUUUUUAACGCCAAGCGGAAAUGUGAACGAACGAUCAAGUCCAAACAUAAAACCCCUGAGGGUUACUGCCUACCGGAGUGGGACGGCAUCGUCUGCUGGCCCGAGGGAGCUCCUGGAAGAACGGUGUCCACUUCCUGCCCGGUGUACAUCUAUGACUUCAACCACAAAGGACAUGCCUACCGUCAGUGUGACACCAAUGGCUCUUGGGAGCUGGCUGCUAGUAACAACAGGACCUGGGCUAAUUACAGCGAGUGUGCCAAAUUCCUCGCAAAUUACAACCAGAACCAAGAGAGGGAGGUUUUUGAUCGGCUUUACCUGAUCUACACAGUGGGCUACUCCAUCUCGCUGGGAUCACUUAUGGUAGCGACGGUCAUCCUCGGAUACUUUCGCCGACUGCACUGUACCAGGAACUACAUUCAUAUGCACCUGUUUGUGUCAUUCAUGCUGAGAGCCAUUAGCAUCUUUGUGAAAGACGUGGUGUUGUACUCAGGCGCCGCGCUGGAGGAAAUGGAACGGAUCACUGUGGAGGAUCUCAAGUCCAUCACCGAAGCACCUCCUGCUAACAAAAACCAGUUUAUCGGCUGCAAGGUGGCUGUGACCCUCUUCUUGUACUUCCUGGCCACUAAUUACUAUUGGAUCCUGGUGGAAGGCCUGUAUCUCCACAGCCUUAUUUUCAUGACCUUCUUCUCAGACAGGAAAUAUCUCUGGGGCUUCACUCUGAUUGGCUGGGGUGUUCCAGCGAUGUUUGUGGCUGUCUGGGCCAGCGUCAGGGCCACACUUGCUGACACUGAGUGUUGGGAUUUAAGCGCAGGAAACUUAAAAUGGAUCGUGCAGAUCCCCAUUCUCACAGCAAUUGUUAUAAAUUUUUUGCUGUUCCUGAAUAUCAUACGAGUUUUGGCAACAAAACUUAGAGAAACAAAUGCAGGGAGAUGUGACACCAGACAACAGUACAGAAAGCUGUUAAAAUCAACCCUUGUCCUGAUGCCAUUGUUUGGAGUUCACUACAUAGUGUUCAUGGCGAUGCCCUAUACAGAAGUUUCUGGAGUGCCGUGGCAAAUCCAAAUGCAUUAUGAGAUGCUUUUUAACUCUUUCCAGGGAUUCUUUGUUGCAAUCAUAUAUUGCUUCUGCAAUGGAGAGGUCCAAGCUGAAAUCAAGAAGUCAUGGAGUAGAAGGACACUUGCUCUGGACUUCAAAAGGAAAGCUCGUAGUGGCAGUAACACGUACAGCUAUGGACCCAUGGUGUCCCACACCAGCGUCACCAAUGUGACCGCACGAGGCCCCCUGGCCCUGCACCUGACCACACGCCUGGGGCCAGUCACCAUCAACGGCCAUCGGAACCUUCCAGGUUACGUAAAGAACGGCUCCGUCUCAGAGAACUCCAUCCCGUCCUCGGGUCAGGAGCUUCAUAUACAGGAGGAAGAACCUUCGAAGAACUUCCAAGAAGAAAAAACGACCCCGGUGGUGGAGGAGGAAAGGGAAACAGUCAUGUGACGUUAAAUACAAAUUUCAUGUGUUAUUACGUCAAGUACAUUAAAGGAUGAUAGAAUCCUUUGUUCCUCAGGAUUUUCUCACAAUUUGGGUUGUGGGACCAUCUCAGAUGGGCUGGAGAUGUCAGCAGUGAUCUUUUAAAUGAGCCACAAAGUUUUUCAAGACUGGAACUAAUACAGAGACCAGAAAUCUGAACCAGGCGUGUUUAGAGAAUGAAAACAAAUAAGGUGUUUUAAUUUGAUCAUUUCUGCUGAAUGUCUCAUAUGUUGCACGCAAGUUUCUACAUUGUGAUCGAACAUCGCUUUCCGGAUUUCAUCUCACCUCCGUUUAUGUAUAAAUAUACAUAUAUAGAUCUGCAGAUUGUGCUCCAGGAUCAAGCCAUGUGAAACAUAUGGCAUUGUGGACUGUGAAUUGUAACUAAGUAUCUCAUAUUAUUUUCAAUACAUUCAAAAGCAAAGCAUUUUUGUGUUAGAAACAAAUGUCUUUUUUUGUACUCCAAAUAGAAAGCAUCUCAAAAGGUUGCCAGUAGAUGCACUUUUUUAUUAUGGUAGCAGGAUUUUGUUAGUAGAAUGUGAUAUUUAUAUGUGUCCAGGCCAUGAACGAUUGUGUCUUUCUGCUCGUUGAUCCGUGGAUAUGCCAAGCUGUCUAUUUCCUUCAUUUGCUCUGAUUCUGUGCAGAUUUAUAUACGCUUGCAUUAUUGCUUUCGGUUGGUAAGGAAGUCCAACAUUUUAUGUAUUUUGCUGAGAAAUGUAUUGUGUGCUAAGCAAAAGAAUCAAAUUCUGUGUUAAAAUGGUUGAAUAUUCUUGGUCAUUUUCAUUCUAUCAAUACUUAAUAAGAAUUUAAUAAAAUGUAAUUAAAAUUAAUAAUAUUGGUAGUUUAAGGCUAGUCCUAGACUCAAAUGAAUGUCUGAUCUGAAAAUAACUUGCUCUCACCUAUUAAAAUUAUAUCAGUGCCAUUAUUUUGUCUGAAGAUGCACACUAGUAAAAAAUAUUAUAAAACCGACUUAAAUAUGCUAAUUUAUGUCAUAAUCCUGGAUAAAACUAAGCGGUCUCUGAAACUGGGCCUAGAUUAAAAAAAAAACUAUUGGUACUUGCUUGUUUAAACUUGCCAUGAUGAUGCAAAAGUGUUGUUACUGGUUGCGUUGCUUGGGUGUUCUGGAUGCUUGAUAGGUACUCUAUUGCAUUUUGCAUACUGGCCAAAAUUGGUCUGCUCUAUAUUCAUUCAUGUUUGUUAACAUAAAGUGCUAAGUUUAACAAACCCCUACCCUUAAUAUUAAAAAAUGUGUUUUAAGAAAUAAAUUAAAGUUAUUAUUAUGUA